CUCUUUCUUCUCCUCCUCUGUUGCAUCAUCCCUUCCUUAUAUUUCUCUCCAUCCUUCUCUGCAUCUUCAUAUUCUCUCUCUUAUUAGAUUUUCAAAUUAAAGGUCUGUUCUGUUUUUCUCGCUCUUCCUCUCCCCCUGUUGGUACAAUAUAAGAAUGCAGACAUACUGCUGCUCUGCUCUGCACUAGGACUAUACGCUGUACAUUUCCUUGGGCUGAUGUCACAGAAGGGGUAGGGUAUUGUUGGACGUAAAUCACAUGUAAUCCACUCAGGAAUCUAGAAAUGUACUAGAAACCAGUCCCUCUAGUCGGCUCUGUCUUAAAAAGGACCUUGUGUGAGGGAGGUUUUAGUUUCUAGCCACUAGCCAGUCAUUGUCUUGAGUCCCAAAUGGCACCGUAUUCCCUAUUUGUUGGAUUAACUUUAGCCAGGGCCCAUAGAUUAAGAAGUAAUGAGUUUGAGGUGUAGGCCUUUUAUGUGAGGUGAAACAGCCUACAUUAUGAACAGUGCAGAUAUAACAAGUAGAUCUGACAUAGUUUCCCAAUUCUAACAUGGCGUAUAAUCAUAGCUGUUUUACAUGAUACGUUUUUAUCUGAUUUGGGACUGUUGUGUAACAUUACACUCUCCUGAACAGACCCCAGGUAUUACAGUCUGCUGAUAGUGUUGACACUGUGCUGGCUGUGUUCAGUUCAGUCGUUGUCUAAAACCUGAAUAGUCUCAACCUGAAUAGUCUCACCUGCGUAAGGUUGGGUUAAAUAUCCUCCUCCGAUGAGACUCUCUCUCCUGGCCUACUUUCCACUGACAAAGCCCUCGCUGUCUCUGGACUCAUUCUAUGGUUACGUCCAAAAUGGCACCCUAUUCCCUUUGAACAGAGCCCUAGUCAAGAGUCGUGCACUAUAUAGGGAGUAGGGUGCCAUUUGGGACACAGCCAUUCUCUCUCUCCCUAUGGCUUCUACUGACUGGUUGGCUGCACCUUUCUCUUCACUUCCAUGGCAUGUUAUCUGUUCUCUCUCUCUCCACCUCCACCCCUUGAUUCUGUCUUUUCUCUAGGAGCACGUUGUUGGUCACGUUAUCCUCCAGCCUGAUGGGUGUUGUUUGUAUGGAUGUCUGUAUGUACUGUUUGUGCUGUAUGUCCACCUGUGUUUUUGAAGAACAUUGGCCUUGAACGAGCUCUCCAAAUGCAAACAUCAAAGAUCCGCUACAGAAAGGACAAGACACUUUCUAAACAGAAGCCUACGUUUCCGGUGGUGACUGAAGUCAAAGACCUCUCCAAUGGUUGUGCCAUCGCUUCUGUUAUACACUACUAUUGCCCCGGCCUGUUGCGACUAGAGGACGUGUGUAUGAAGGAGUCCGUGGCGGUGGCAGACAGCCUGUACAACCUGCAGCUGAUCCGAGAGUUCUGUGACAGCUGUCUGAAGAGCUGCUGCCCCCUGGUGUUGGAGGACCUGCUCUACACCCCACAGGAGCUCCAGGUCAACAUGAUGAGUUUCCUAGCAGAGCUGCUGUGUUGGUUUGAGGUACGGAGGCCAGAGUUUGUUCAGCCACUGAACACCACUGAUGCUUCUGCACCGAUCAAGCCAACCAGUUUGAGCAAUAACAGCGGCUCUCCAUCCAUCUUCAAGAAGCCGUUCCUGCCCAUCUCCUCGCCAGUGUCGCCAGGGCCUGUGCCAGGGUCUCUGACUCAGUCUGCCUCCAUGUCUCAUGUAGAGGGAGCUGGGAGAACAUGGACCAAGAAGCCUUUCAGUCGUCCCCUGUCCUCGGCCGUGUCCUUUAGCAUUCCCUUCGGCAUGGACAGCGACGUGGACAUCGUGAUGGGAGGCGCCAUCACCCGCUCGGUCAGCUCUGACAACGUGGCCCCCGGCCAGACCAUGACCCGCGUGCCCUACACCCCCCCAGAGGACCUUAGUCAUCUGCUUAGCAAGCCCCCCGCCACCCCUGGCUCCCACAGACCCUCCUGGGCCACCCAGAGCUCCUCCGUGGUGCCCAUGCUGCUGAAGGAGAACGGCCUGGGAGAGGGAGAGGGAGAGGGAGAGGGGGAGGGGGAGCUGCCCACCAUCGAGGAGGCCCUGCAGAUCAUCCACAACGAGGGCAAGAUGGAACCCCGGCUGCACCCCGAUGGGGCAGCCGACGGAUUCUUCCUGCAUUCGCCUGAUGACCCGGCCAGCGCCAGACACAAUGGCCGCGCCCCUCACCCCUCCCACCCGCUUAACCCCGUACCCCUCAGCUGCUCCGCCCCGUCCCGCUCUGGGAUGAUGUACCACCCCCAUCUCCCCAUGGAGGGCAAAAUGCAGGCACCCAAGGAGCAGCCCUCCUCUACCCCCUCCUCCCGCACCCGACACACCUCAGAGGGCUCGCGGGACGACGACUCGGUGCUGAGGGACGGGAGCGUGGACUCUGACGCCUCUGAGGACCUCCUUCUCCUCCCCAAUGCCCAGUCCACCCCUGCUACGCCUGAUGUCCACACCAGAGGCCGAGGAGGGGGGGACGACGCCCAGGACAGCGGCGUGAGGAUGACCAGCUUUGCUGAGCGCAAGAAGAAACCGUCGACAGUAGGCGAAUCACCUAAAAGCGACGGCGCCAGCAGCAGCGAACCUGUCGCCCCGGCAGCGACGGCUUCGAUGACCAGCUGGGCGGCCCAGCCACAGAAGUCGACGGAGGAGAGCCCCAGUAAGAGCCCUGGACUGACCACCGAGAUGUCUGAGCUGGGAGCCCGGCUGGAGGAGAAGAGGAAGGCCAUCGAGGCCCAGAAGAAACGUAUUGAGGCCAUCUUCGCUAAGCACCGCCAGAGACUGGGCAAGAGCGCCUUCCUGCAGCUGAAGAAGGAGCAGGGGGAGGGAGAGGAGGAGGAGGAGGGCCAGGUUAGCGCCUCCUCCACAGAGGAGGACCUCAGGGGGCUGACGCUAGAGGAAAGGCUGGCUCACAUGGAGGACGAGGAGCAGCAGGAGGCGCAGCAGCAGGAGAAACGGCGCCCCUCAGUGGAGCAGGAGGGGAACGUCAAACCUUCAACAUACCUGGACAACAAGCAGGCCUCCUUACCCAAGGACAGGGCAGGUAGAGAAGGUGUGCAGGGAGAGAAGUGUGCCGGGUCAGGAGGACAGAAGGCCGGGGUGGUAGUGCAUCAGCCAGCGCCCUUGGGGGACUACAACAACGCUGUAUCAAAGCUGAACGCGGCGCUAAGCUCUCUGCAGAGCGACAUGCAGCGCCUCUCAGAACAACAGAACCAACUCAUCAGGAAGAAGCCCGCCACUCCCGCCGGCAACAAGUCCUGGGUGAUCCCGCCCAGUCUCAAAUCCUCAGCAUCUCCCCCGACCCGCAUGUCCCGCGCGUCCACCCCUCGCAACCUUGCCUCCGUCUCCUCUUCCACCUCGUCGUCCCGCCGCAACGCCGCCAGUCCCGCCAGAACGCCCAAGUCGCCUCAGGUCCAUCGCCGGGCCCAGUCGGUGCCUCCCAAGAGCCCCAAGCACCAGGCCACCCACUACCACCACGCCCGCCCCCAGGAUCUCAAAGUGCCGGGCCUGUCGCGCGUGCUCACCCCUCCGCAGAACGUGGACACUAUCCCCCACCUGCGCCGCGCCUCCCCCUGGCAGUGCAGAGACCAGAACUCCUCCACCUUCAACAUCAGCUCUGCCCCCAGCCCUGCCUCCACCCCAACCCACAUCCCCUCCCCAACCCCCACCCCCCGGGCGCUGUCGCUGGCCCUGGAUGACAACAUGUCAGAUGCCGGCUCGAACGAGGACCAGAGCAUCUUCAGCAUGGACCUGGAUGCCGCCACAUCUCAGGCCUCGGGGAGAAAGGAGCGUGGGGGUGGUGGGAGCUCGGGGGCGCCCUCGGAGUGCUCGUUUGAAAGUGACGUUCCGGCAGCGGGGGUGUUUAAUGGCAAGCGCAGCAGCCUGAUCGAGAUUUCUCUAUCGGCCUUGGACGGGGACGGGGACGACCUGAGUGUCAUGGAUGACUCCAUGAGCGACGUGACCGAACCUGAGAUGAAGGGAGGGGUCGGCUUCUUCUUUAAGGAUGACAAGGUGCGGCCGGAGGACGAGAUGGCCCAGAGGAAAGCAGCCCUGAUGCAGAAACAGCAGAAGAGGGCGGAGGAGAUGAAGAGACGCAGGCUGGAGCAGGAGGAGAAGAAGGAGAAAGAGCAUGCGAUCCGACCCGAGUGGUUUAACAUCGAGGGCUGGGGAGACAAGGGUGGUGGUGGUGGUGAGGACCGGCUCUGGCCCCCCGGUACCCCCCCUUCAGAUAGCACGACCCAGCGGAGAGACACCUUCACCAGGCAGGAGUACGAGCGGAGGCAGCAGCUGAAGAUCAUGGAGGAUCUGGACAAGGUGUUGCGGCAGAAGCCCACCACGGUGCGCGGCGUGAAGAAGCAGAGACCCAAGACCAUGUUCCGGGACGACUCAGUGCUUUCCCGCAGCCCCGCCAAGGGAUUCAUGGGCUCCAAACUCAACAAGGUAUAUUCCCACUCUACCAUGAACCUGUCCUCAAUGGCUAACGACACUGGUAACAGCGGGACGCUGACCGUCAGGAAAUCUCCCAGCCGAUCUCACUCCCCCUCGAGGCUGAUGUCACCAGGACGAAUGACCAAUCAGAACGGAGAGAAGGACUGGGAGAACGCCUCCACGGCCUCGUCUCCCGCCUCCAUCCCAGAAUACACCGGACCCAAGCUGUACAAGGAGCCCAGCUUCAAGUCCAACAAGUUCAUCAUCCACAACGCUAUCUCCCGCUGCUGCCUUGCCGGCAAGGUCAACGAACCGCAGAAAAACAAGAUUGUAGAGGAGAUGGAGAAGUGCCAGGCCAACCACUUUCUCAUCCUCUUCCGUGACUCCAGUUGUCAGUUCCGGGCCGUCUACACCAUGAACCUAGAGACCGAGGAAAUGGUGCGCCUCACGGGCAUUGGGCCACGCGUCAUCAGCCCCGCCAUGGUGGAGUCCAUCUACAAGUAUAGCUCGGACCGCAAACAGUUCACCACCAUCCCGUCCAAGACCAUGUCUAUGAGCGUCGAUGCCUUCACCAUCCCCGGGCACCUGUGGCAGAGCAAACGCCCGGGCACCCCCAAGAAGUUGGGGACCCCCAAAUAAUAACGAGAACAUCUCAAUGAUGGAGGAGGUGGUUGGCGGGGGGAGGAAGGUCGCAGACAUAUGUAAAUCAGGGGCCCCUCCUCUCCCCCAGUCAACCCCCACCACCCUCUUCCCCCCUCCUUUCUCUUAUAUUGGCGCUGUCCAGUGUUGGCUGUUGAUUUGGAGACUGCUUUAGUUCAGUAGGCUGGUCAGGUAGACCAGUGGAGGGAUCUGAAAGGAAUAAAUUACACUGGUGCCAGACAUAUACAAACCACCUGCCCCUUUAAGCCUGUCCAACCGGAUGGUCUCUGCCCCUUUAAGACCAACCUGGGUCGUUUUUCGUUGCAAAAUGUUUUGCUACGGUGUGCACUAAUGAAUAUGACCCUUAUCAGCUCUGUGUAUGGGGGACAUUGGUACAUGUCAUGUGUCAAGGGGGCCAGCUACAGAUGAUCACUACUACUAAAGCCAUUCAUAGGGCCCUGUCUGUCACACACUACACCCCAUAGGGGCCUCUGAUUGCCCCCCC